GACAACCACUUGAAACUAACUUCAUUGAACUGGGUUGCUGCAUGGUUGCAAUCAAAUCUGCGAAAAAUUGAAUCAAAAUACAAAUUGAAGAGACAUCAAAGUGCAAACCACGUGUGAUGUGUUUUGGUGUGCAAAAAUAAAAUAUGGGCAAAUUCAGAUCAAAAAUUAAGGGGCAGACAAAAGGAAAAAGAUGGCAGAGGGGUCAGUCAUCCAAUUCAAAUCCUAAAACUCAAAAAUACAGGGAGAUGGCGAAGUCCCGGUUUUUUCAAGAAAAUUUGACCAAUUCUGGGCUCACCCAGCAAGCGGUGCUCAAACACGAUGCAAUGAUAACAUACGGGCACAGUAAACAAAAGUCUACAGACAAUGAUUUGGCCAUUGCGAAGGAAUUUGAGAAUAUGUCUGUGAAAACAGGGGACGAGGGAUCAGACACUGAAUAUUCUGGUUCUAUGCAGUCUGGUACUUAUAAGACAUUCCAGACUUUUGCUUCUGAUUGGAGUCAGUGCUCUAAUAUCAGUUUUAGCAAAUUGCUAACAAGGUUUGACUCUAACAAUGCGGUGCACAAGGAAAUGUUAGCAGUACUGGCCGCAGUGGCAGAGGUGAUCAAGGAGCAAGGUGGCAAAGAGUCUACCACUGAGUAUUUUGCUGCAUUGAUGCAAACACUAAAAGCAUCUGAAGGUGACGAGAGCCUAGUGGCAACAUUAUCACUUCUAUCCAUGGGCAUCAAAUCAGUACCACAAGCAGUGUUAAGGAAACAAUUCUCCGACUGUGCAACCAUAUUCACAGAUAUUUUGGAGAAGAAUGAGCAAUCGGAGAAUGGGAUGUUGUUGAGAAGUGCCUUAGGUUGUUUGUCUGUCUUGCUACGAGCGCAGGAGUAUGCUCUGUGGGGCGAUUCUUCCACUUUGAGGGUGUUUGAGUCUGUGUUGGCGUUCACACUGCAUUCCAAACCUAAGGUCCGUAAGGCAGCUCAGCAUGCAGUGACUGCAAUAUUGAGGGGCAGUUGUUUCAUGGUGCCAACAGAAGACCAGAAAACUAAGGUCCCCAAACUCCACCCAGCAUCCAACCGUACAGCGGAGUAUUGUGUCUCUCAAAUAAAACCGGAGGCGCUUCUGUCUGGACACCGAACAGUUCUGCACAUUCUGACUUUGUUACGCGAUGUUCUGCCUGUUUUCAGCAAGGAGUAUAUUAAGACAAUAUGCGAAGCGAUUUUGUCACUUAUGACUCACAACAACGUUUACAUCAAAACCUGUUGUCUCCACACUCUACACGCUUUGUUCUCCGCGCCUCGGGACAUUUGUAACUUGACGGCCAACCUUGGCGUCCAACUGACUAGAGCCCUAAUGGCGGCCAGGCCUCCCGCCAAUGACACUGGGCAAAUAUUGGCCUGGGCUGCCGUGUUGCAGCAGGGAUAUGGCUGUCUUGCUGGCUUAGACUUAAACCUGUGCAUACCGAACCUACCACUGUUCGUGAACAUCUGUGUUUCGGAGUUAUGGCUCUCAGACGUUGCAGAUGUCAACUCAGCAUCCACCAACGCCCUGAAAGCGGUACUUCUAGACUGCGUGAAGCCAGCAAUAGAGUCAGACGAGAGUUUAGUCAAACACAAGACACACAUCGAUACGAUAUUCAAGAGCAUCGGCACCGGACUAGACAACCCUUUCAACCAGGCCAUCAAACAUGUGAUACUCACCAUUGCGCUCUGUUUCGAAAUAGGCAACGAAAAAGUCGAAUAUGUUCUAGCACCGUUGCUAAAAAAGCUAAACGAUCGCCGCGAAAGUCACAACUUCCACAACGAGAAAGAAGCAGAAUACGCCACGGGAUGCGCUAUCAAGGCCCUGGGCCCUGAGUUCGUACUGAAAAUAAUCCCUCUCAGAGAAGGAAACAGCAUAAACUUAGACAGGAGCUGGUUGUUACCCGUUUUGAAGGAAAAAAUCACGAAUUCCAGCCUUAAGUUUUUCGGAACAGAAAUCCUGGAAAUGGCCACAUUCUGUCGAAAAAAGUCUCGUGAAUUCGCUGAAGCAAACGACACACCAAAUUCUCACACUUACGAUUUGCUUUGCAACCAAUUCUGGUCUCUAUUCCCAAGUUUUUGUAACUACCCAAAAGAUAUCAAAGACAAUUUUAAAGUUAUAGCUCGGGUUUUAGGAAAUGUCCUUAAGGAUAACCCGGAGUUUAGGUUGUCUAUAAUGCUUGGUUUGAGGAAGCUGAUAGCUUGUUCGGAAGACAAUUUGGAAGAUAAAAGUGAAUUGACUCGUUUUGCGAAGAAUUAUGUGCCGAUUCUGUUGAAUAUUUACAUGUCGCCCGCCAAGGGAAGCGAUGCGGAGGGGCAGAGGCUGGCCGCCUUGGAAACCAUACAGGUAUAUCUAACAAUAAGCGACCAAACCCUUCGAGAAGAAUUAUUCACGAAUUCUAUACAACAACUGGAAGCGUCCAAAGACAACCAUUUCCAACGAGAAUCUAUUUUAGACGUCAUUCGGUUACUAAUUCUCUAUCAAAGCUCUGAGCAAAUAGCCAAUCUCUUCGAGAAAUGGGUGUACCCUCUAUGCGAUACAGUGUUAGAAGAUCCCAAGAAGUUCAAUAAGAAGAAUAAAAAGGACAAAAUGGAGACGGAAGAAUCUCAACAGCAAAAUGGAGGAAAGAAAAAUGAUUUGAGGUAUAAGGAUAAAGCGAAACUAUUAGAAAUGGAACACAAGAAGGCGUACAGGAUUCUAGAAGAGAUAUUCAAGAGCGACAAAGACAGUUGUAAAGAGUUCCUGAAGAAUAACUAUAAGAAAAUCAAGAAAUUGUUGAUGUCUUCACUGAACAAGGUUGCUGACAGUAGCAAGGCUGCGAGGUUAAGGUGUAUAGAGCAUCUAAUCAUCUCAUCACCAUACCUCAACGCAGAGAGCAAGUUACUAAAAAGCGCAGUAGCUGAGUCUGUGAUAUGCACACGCGAUAUCAACUCGAGAUGUCGGCAGUGCGCGUUUACCCUCAUCAAUACUAUUGGAAAUGUAUUGAAGAACCAGGAUGGAGGUAUGCAAUCGUUCAUAACAAUGCUGCUAUCUGGUCUGUCAGCGCCUCUGCCGCGUAUAGCGAGCGCCACGUUGCGUGCUAUCGCGGCCGCAUUGUUCACGUUCUCUGAGGAAAUGGGCUUGGAAACUGUGCAAAGUCUCUUAGAAAAAGUCAUGGAGCAAUUGUUGACCAAUAAUAGAGAAAUUGUGGCAGCCGCAAUGAGUUUUUUGAAGGUAUACACAAAAGUGAUACCAACGGACGCUCUAGCGGGCAGUUUACCCAUCAUCUUCAAAACCUUUUCAACAAUGUCUGACGACUGCAAGCGACAUUCUAGGCUAGAAAUCGGGUAUUUCCUAAUUCGUAUGACGAGGAAAUUUGGCGCGGAAAUAAUAGAGAAACUCAUCCCGGUGCAAGAUGCUGUGAUGCUACGGCGACUGAGGAAUGUACGCAAGAUGAACAAUAGGAGGAAACGGAUGAAAGACGGACAAAGGGACCAAGAAGAUUCAGGGUCAGAUAUGGACGUCAAAGGCACCUCCAAGACCCUGGAAGAUAUCCUCAAGGACUCGGACUCGGAGAUGGAGUUCCUGGAAGAUGAAGAGCGUCCCAAAGCCAAGGCGAAGGGCAAGAAGCGAAACCAGGCCUGGAUUCAGGAUGAUCCGGAGAAUAUUGUGGAUUUGGCUGACGUGUCCUCUGCUAGAAAGAUAACAGCAACAAACCCAACACAAAAGAAACGGUUACCAGAAGAAAAGAAACAGAAGAAAGAUGGAGGAUUCAAGACAGCACCGGACGGUCGACUCAUCAUCAGUGAUGAUAUGUUUGAUGGCGAUGGUGAUGAUGGCAAAGAUGAACCGCGGCCCAGCGGUGAUGUGGACAGCGAUACUGAUGAUACAGAUAACGAAGCAGAAAACCCGAAGCCGUCCAAAUUGCUCAAGUCGGGAGUCAAACGCCGCUACGAUGAUAUCCUCAGUAUAAAGAGCGGCCGCACCAACAGGAGCAGAGCUUCCACUGUCACAGUCGGCUCCAAGUACAAGGCCGGCGGCAAAGGAAUACACAGACCGCUAGGAUCAGCGGCGUCCGUGUCUUCAGCGCUGGGCUCGGAGUACAGGUCGAAGAAAGCUCGCGGCGACAUCAAGCAGCGCGGCAAGCCGGACCCCUACGCCUACCUGCCGCUAUCUAGGAACAAUCUAAAUAAACGGAAAAAGUCUGUCACAACCAAUCAAUUCAAGGGGGUCGUGAAGGCGAAAACUAAAGGAAGAUUUAAUAAAAAGAAGAAAUAGAUUGUUUUGAAACAAGUGUUUUGUUGUAAGGAUACUUAUUGCUUUGUUUUAUGUAAAUUGUUAUAUUGUAAAUGAAUUAUUAGCAAGGAAUAAAAAAAAUGCUUUUAAAGCAAUAAUAAUGAUCUAAAGUAAUUAUUAUACAUGAACUUUUGCAUUUGUAUAAAGAUUGUAUGUAAUCCGAAAAUAAUUAUUUAUUGCUAGACGCACAUCACUCGCUUUUUCAGUUUUCAAAUAAUAAUAGUCUAAAGUUGCCUUCAAACUACGGAAAUAUAAUGUAAUAUAUAAAUAACGC